CGCAGUGUAACACACAACUGGCGAAGGACGCUGGCUCCUCGAAGCGAGAAACAACUGAAUGGCUUGAUAUUAGAGCGGGAGGGCUUUCUUUUUAUUAAAAGAAAACGAAGAAAAAGCUGUAGAAAUACGAGACAACUUCCAGGAGCCGUUGGUGCGGAAGCGGAGGACCCAAAAAUCACAUCUGAAGGUUUGAGAGGAUCCAUCCUGUUCCAGAGGCAAAAUGAGCUGGAGCUUCCUUACACGUCUGUUGGACGAGAUUUCCAACCACUCCACCUUCGUGGGCAAAAUCUGGCUCACUCUUCUCAUUGUCUUUCGCAUCGUGCUGACAGCUGGGGGCGAGUCAAUCUACUAUGAUGAACAGAGUAAAUUUGUGUGUAACACACAGCAACCUGGUUGUGAGAAUGUGUGCUAUGACGCAUUUGCGCCGCUAUCACACAUUCGCUUCUGGGUGUUUCAGGUGAUUAUGAUCACCACCCCCACCAUCAUGUACCUUGGCUUUGCUAUGCAUAAGAUUGCCCGCAUGGACGACGAUGACUACCGGCCACGGGGCAGGAAGAGGAUGCCGAUAGUGAGCCGUGGGGCUAACCGGGACUACGAGGAAGCGGAGGAUAAUGGGGAGGAGGACCCCAUGAUCCUGGAGGAGAUUGAGCCAGAAAAGGAAAAGGAAGUUGUGGAGAAGCCCAGUAAAAAGCAUGAUGGACGGCGUCGCAUAAAGCGCGAUGGCCUGAUGAAGGUUUACGUGUUUCAGCUGCUGUCGCGUGCCAUCUUUGAGGCCUCGUUCCUGUUCGGGCAGUAUGUCCUUUAUGGGCUGGAAGUGGUACCGUCGUAUGUAUGCACACGCUCUCCUUGUCCGCAUACAGUGGAUUGCUUCGUCUCUCGCCCUACAGAGAAAACAAUCUUCCUGCUCAUCAUGUAUGCAGUCAGCUCCUUGUGUCUGCUCUUCACCAUAUUGGAGAUCCUUCACCUUGGCAUCAGCGGUAUUCGGGACUGCUUUUGCACACCACGGCCUCGACCUCCGACCCCCCGUCAUGCAGCUCUGGCCAGCCACAGAUCCUCCGUAUCCCGCCAGCCCUCCGCCCCUCCGGGUUACCACACAGCUCUGAAGAAGGACCCAUCGGGGAAGAUGGGCUUCAGGGACAACCUGGGAGACUCGGGUCGCGAGUCUUUCGGGGACGAGGCUUCAUCAAGGGAGCUGGAGAGGCUGCGUCGACACCUUAAACUGGCCCAACAGCAUCUGGAUCUGGCUUACCAGAACGAGGAGGGCAGCCCGUCACGCAGCAGCAGCCCAGAGUCCAACGGCACCGCAGUUGAGCAGAACAGAUUAAACUUUGCCCAGGAGAAGCAGAGCAGCACGUGUGAGAAAGGUCUCCGUGCAUAGGUUCUCAGCAGCCCAGCUGACACAGUAGAUUCAAAUUCACAUUAGGAUCAGUGAGCGGACAUAAGGGAAUCAAGCGCGUGUGUGUGUGUGUGUGUGUGUGUUUGUGUUUGUGACAUGAAUAUGCUUGAGGUGGAUGAAGUCAGCCCAAGCUUUCCAGUGUUACGGCCAAACGAGGAGGAGAAUGGUCAUCUCAACCCAGCAAUACUUGAGACACCAGCCUGUCUGAAGAUCCAAAGUGCUUACAAACUACCGUCGCACAGCAAGAACGGUUAAGGUUAAAGUGUAUUUCUCCCUCAGGGCAGCUAUUGUGUGUUAUUUUUUUUUUUUGUUUUGUUUUUCUUAUUACGAGACUUGGAGUUAUUAUUCAGAGGUUGUCCUCUGGAGUUCAGUGAGUGCAUCUCAAAUUUGCCUUAGACUAAACUGGAACUCUGUUUUAUGGUAUUUUGUAAUUAAGUAAGGCCAAGCCAGUUGUAGAGCAAAAAAAAAACAUGUUUAAACUGUAAGAAACUUGGUGUGGAAGUGAAUCAGUGAGCGAGUGUUUGUUGAUGCGAACAAAAGGUUAACGGACAAGGCACCACUCAUAAAAGAAAAGGUACUGGAGUUAUUGUCAUGCUAAAGUGUUUGAUGUGUUAAUGUUCAUACAAAGGUUUCUUUGUGUGUCAUUUCAUUUAGUUAAAUGGUUUUGACAAUGUUGGCGCUGCACCAGUCAACAUUCCCAAGUCUGGUGCCUUGAUGGUAACUGGAACACACUUGGGGUGCCUUUGUCCAAAGGAAUAAACAAACCUGGGUAAUGCUUGAAAAACAUGUAACUCUUGAUGUUGUCUUUAAUUGUUUAAAUGUGUAUUUGAUACUGGUUUUUUUUUUUUUUGUUAUUUUUCUAUUAGUUUUAAGUAUUUUGGUAUUGCGAAGAGGCUCUUGUCACUGUGGCUUAAUUUUUCGUGGCUUAUUUUUUCAUUUUAAAAGAAAUGACAUUCACUGCUGUCUUAGCUCCCUGAAGCCCAAUUAAAUACAUGGACUGGUGCAAAUGGUUUGUUAAAAUUUGAUUUCGAGAAAAUAAAUACAUUUUAUUAAAUACUAA